CUCUAUUUGAAAAUUGAUGCUUAAACGGAUUACAAUCGCAAAAGGACUGUAAAAGAAUAACAAUGAUCCACGCAUUGAGUAUUUUAGCUGCUACAGCUAUGACAGUUUUCGCAGACACAUGCUACAAGACUUCCGGGUCGUAUGUCUAUUCUACCUACUGUAGUGGCUACUGCUCUGGUACCUACGGUCACGAUGCCUGUGUAUACUACUAUACAUACUACUACUACUAUAAUGAUGCUGUCAGUGUUGUAAGUACAGGUGUGAUAGCUGGUAUAGUGAUCGGAUGUCUGUUUGCUCUGGGAAUUGUAAUUGCAAUAAUUGUUGUCAUUUGUAAGUCAGUCGCGAAGUCUUCAGGAUCACAUGGUCGAAUCAUACAGCCUACAGCAACAUCCGGUACAACUGUAGCCUAUACUAACGCAUCUCAAAUCGGACAGCCAACAUAUUACGAUGGAAACACCACACACCUAGAACAGCAACCAAAUUACCCUAGUUAUUACCAGCCACCGUCAAAUGGAUACCCGCCAAAUACCAGCUACCCGCCAAAUACUGGUUACCCACCGUCAUCGAUCCAUACCGCAGCAAAGCCACCACCAUAUUCAGGCAAUAAUCUUGGAGGUUUAGCCCCUGUGGAUAUUCAGAAUACGAAAAUUUAAUAAAAGUCUAUGAAUAAAGCGACUGUCAUUUUGAUGCUGAGUUUUUAAGAUCGUAAACAUAACAGCAGCUGUCACAUCGUUUAGGUGACUGGAACAUAGUCUAAGGUCAAAAGCGAUUCAUCUAUCUUAAAUUCCCCUAUUAUUUCAUAUAAAAACAUUUUUAAUCGAAUGAAGAUAUUUCUUGCCCAAAUUAAAUGAUAUUUUUUCUGUUAAAUACAGAAAUGUGUGCAGAUUCUGACUAUAAUAAUGAAAUGUUUAAUAUUUUUAGGGAAAUCAUUGUUUAAUGACAAAUAUGAAUUUCAGCAUGAAAUAAUCAUAUGACUAUAUAGGAAAAAAUGACACUUAAUUUAAACACUUGUAUACAAUGAUGAUUUCUCAGUAAUGAUAUGUCAUAAAAAUAUUUCAUAAUAACCAUAAAAAAGACUGUGCAUAUUUGUGAGAUAAACUUUUGUUUCAAAUUCGGAACUCAAAUAAAUUUUUGACAAAGUUUUACAAAAAAAUGCAUGUGUGUUAUUUCAUGUGUAUUAAAUAAUACGGGAAUUUGGGAUAGGUGAAACACUUUUGACCUAAGACUGUGUAUCUAUGAAUUAUUUUGACAUAUUUUCAAUAACAUUCAAUAAUGUUUGUGGUCUCCUAGUCUGUUUUCUUUUUAAUUCCUGUAAACUAAACUUGUAAUAUCAUUUAUCUGACAAAAUAAACAAUAAACAUAGCAUUCCUGUAACUAUAUACACCCAUGCAAUGCUUCAUCAUAAUCGACAAAAUUGGCACGCUCAUGUGAGCACUCUGUCUUCCCGAAAUGCUCUUUUAUUUGAUGACUUCUCUGGCGAGAGAAUUUCUAUCAUAGGAUUUUUUAACGAAGUCCUGGCCUUCUAUUUUAACAGUUAAUUGUGUUAUAAAGAACUGCAUUUACAUCAAAUGAAUAUACUUUUUGUAUGCAAUCAAACACACCGGGUUGUCAAUAAGACAGCAUUCAAACGAUGCCAAAAAUUCAAGACAACUAUGAAGCCAAUAUACGGUUGUCAUACAUACCCUUUACACGAAAUUUAGAUCAAAAAUAAUAGGCAGGUUCUGACAAGAAGGUCGCCCUAAAAGGGCUAAAAUUUAGACUGCCAAUGGAAAAAGAGAAUGUAAUAUAAUGGCAGAAAAUGAGUCUUACAAUAGAUAGCACCUACGACCCCUCACAGGGGUGCAGAAAGUGUGGCACUCUCCCUGCACGAGUCUCAAGAUUCUCAUUUCGUCCGGACGUGGCUGCGUAUUUAUACAUCCAAGGUGCAAGUAAUAACAAUUGAAAAAAUGUUUAUCAAAACCAAACAACAAAAUUUAUUGUAAAGCCAUAAAGGUAAACUUAAAAAUAGAAAAUUAUUAAAUUGCAACAACUUUUUAAUUAACGACUAAACGUAGAAUGAUUGAAGACACUCUUUUAAUAUGUGAUGAUGAUGGAUGGCUGUUUGACUUCCAGCGGCAAAUUAACACGGCCGUCACUCGGCUAACCGAGAGAUUGGUCGGUUAAUCUAUAUUGAGUAUGCGGCUAUAUCGGCGGUUGGUCUGUUAAUUGGGUUGGCUAAAGUCUGUUAAUCAGGUGUUAUCGAGAAGGUGAAAAUUUAUCUCCUGCUUUGUUUUCUGUAUAUCUGAAUGAUUUACAAGCAUUUUUAGAAGAAUUAGAUACAAAAGGUUUACAGUCAAUAAGUGCAGACCUAGAAAAUGAACUAGAUGUGUAUCUGAAGAUUUUCUUAUUGUUAUAUGCUGAUGACACUGUUUUAUUAGCGGAUAGUAACACUGAAUUACAAAAUAUGUUAAACAAAUUUGCCAUAUAUUGUAACAAAUGGCAACUUAAGGUAAAUGUUGAUAAAACAAAAGUUCUUGUUUUUGCUAAUGGUAGAAUUCCACAAAAUUUGAAUUUCUCUAUUAAUGAUACUGAAAUUGAGAUUGUUAAAAAUUAUAAAUAUUUAGGAAUAUUUUUUUCAAAAAGUGGUUCAUUUUUACAAACUAGAAAAUAUUUAAGAGACCAAGGAAUAAAGGCUAUGUAUUCUAUCUUGAAGAAGAGUAGAAUUAAUAAUUUAUCUAUUGAAUGUCAACUAGAUCUCUUUGAUAAGGCUGUUGUACCUAUUUUGUUAUAUGGGUCAGAGAUUUGGGGUUUUGAAAACUUUGACUUAUUAGAGCGGGUGCACCUAAAAUUUUGCAAACUCAUUUUACAUUUAAAGCAAUCAACCCCAGACUGUAUAGUUUAUGCUGAACUAGGCAGAUUCCCAAUACUUCUUUAUGCAAAAGUUCGUAUGAUAAAUUUUUGGGGCAGAAUUAUAAACGGUAAAGAGUGUAAAACUUCUCAUGUUCUUUAUAAAUUAUUACUUAUAAAUUUAAAUAACUAUGGUUUUGAAAGUAAAUGAUUGAUUUAUAUAAUAAAAUGUUUUAGAUAAUUGUGGAAUGUCUAAUAUUUGGAAUAUGCAGUUUGCUGACAAAUGGGUAUCAAAAAGUGUGGAACAAAAACUUAAAGAUCAGUUCACACAAUUAUGUUUGUCACAUAUAGAUAGCUUACCUAAAUGCAUAUGUUAUAGAAUUUUUAAGACUAAUUUGAAAUUUGAGAAUUAUCUCAACAUAUUGCCUAAUAAUUUAUUAUUUGUAUACUGCAAAUUUAGAUGUGGAAGUCACCGGUUACCAAUUGAGACGGGAAGAUGGCGAGGCUUGUCACGAAACGACAGACUUUGUCAUCUCUGCGAUUCAAGUGGUAUUGGUGACGAAUAUCAUUACAUCAUGACUUGUAAAUCUUUGGAUGUAGAGAGAAAGAAAUUUUUAUCUGAAUAUUGCUGUAAAAAUCCAAAUACAUACAAAUUUAAUGGUUUAUUUAAUUCAGACAAUACUAUCAUUUUAGAAAAAUUAUGUAAGCUUAUAAAAAUAAUACAGGUGAAAGUCAGUCCUCCAAGUUAAGUUACGUUUGUUCACACAUGUGCAUGCUUAUAUAUACAUAUAUGUAAUUGUAGAUAUAUAUUUUCUCUGUAAUUAUGCUAUGACAUGUAGUUUUGUGAGAAUAAAGUUCAGAAA